AUGAGUGCUCCGCAGAAGCUUACCAAGAAGCAGAAGAAGAGUCUUGCGUUUUACCGCAAGGGUAAGAGCCAGGAUGGUCCUUCUGGGGUGGCGGAUCUGGAGGGCGACAGCGUUCCUGUGUUGGAGGUCCAGGAUCAGGCUGAUGAUGGGCUUGAUUCGCCUGCGUUGGUGGUUGAGGCAGAGUCAGAUUCGGCUAAGCGCUUGGCAACGCGCAAGGGCAAAGGAAAGGCGGAUGAUACUGGCAUCGUUCAAGCGACUAUUACCCCAGAGAAGAAAAGGAAGAGGGAUUCUAUCACUGUCCCGCAGGACGCCGAACCGAAACGCAAGAAAGCAAAACAAACUGCUGACGCAACUGAGAGGAGCGGUAAAGCGGAUGAGAGGAACGAAGGCAAAGUAAAGCAGCGGUAUAUCCUUUUUGCAAUCUCAAGUAUACUACCACCGCAGAAGCCAUUAAAAACCAUUUCUCAGCAUGUGAUCCUCCGCCAACCGUCCGAUUACGAACUCCCGAAACCUUCCACGUCUAGUAAACCCACGAUCAAGUCCAAAGGUUGCGCCUUCGUUGAGUUCACCCACAGAAAUGCGCUUCAACAAGGAUUGAAACUUCAUCAAUCUGAACUCGAAGGCCGGCGAAUAAACGUCGAGCUCACGGUCGGUGGUGGUGGGAAGAGCGAUGCUCGAAUUCAAAAACUGAAAGAACGGAACAAAACUCUGCACGGUCAACGAAAGGAACAACUGGAAAAGUUAGCCAAGGCUGAUCCAACAUUAGCAGUCGCUCCAGAACGACCGCAGCGGUUUUCAGCUACGUCGGGCCUAGAGCAAACACCACUGAAGCGAAGGACUUGGACAGUUGGUGACGUUGAAGACGGAGAGACACAUCGUGGUGGGAAGAAGCACUCAAAGGCACGCCGAAAACAGUGGGGUACGGGAGUAAACGCCAUUCCGGUUGGAUAA